AUGGAGAAUGUUAGCAUGAAUGAUGUGAGUGAACCUAUAUUUGGGAUGUUAUUCAAUUCAGAACAUGAUGCAUAUGAUUACUACAACAGAUUUGGACGGGCAAUGGGAUUUAGUGUUAGGAAACACUUUAUGAAUAAGAGCAAGAAAGACAAGAUGACUAUAACAUCUAGGGGAUUUGUCUGUUCAAAAGCUGGUUUUCGGUUGAGUGACAAGCGAGACAUGAAUACUGUUAACCCCCGAGCUGAGACAAGAACAAAUUGCCAGGCACGAAUGAACAUAUGUUUGGUUGAUGAUGGAAAAUACAAAUGCUGUGAAUUUGUGAGGGAACAUAAUCAUGAGCUUCAUAGUACAACAACAGUUCAUAUGCUGCGUUCACAGAGGAAGAUGUUAGACAUACAUAGGCAUGAAAUUGAUUUGGCAGAUGACUCGGGGAUCAUGCCUAGAUCCACAUUUGAGUUGAUGGGUAGGCAGGCUGGUGGGAUAGAAAACCUUAGUUGUUUGACCCAAGAUGUUAGGAACUAUCUCCGCACUAAAAGACAGCGUGCCUUGACAUAUGGUGAGGCAGGUAGUUUGAUGAAGUACUUUGUUACCCAAACUAGGACCAACCCAUCUUUCACAUACUCAUUUCAACUGGAUAGUGAAGAACAAAUAACAAACAUAUUUUGGGCUGAUCCAAAGAUGAUCAUUGACUACGCACAUUUUGGAGAUGUAAUCAGCUUUGACACUACAUUUCGCACCAACAAAGAGUGUAGGCCGUUUGGGUUGUUUGCUGGAUUCAAUCAUCAUAGAGGGUGCACUGUAUUCGGGGCUGCACUUUUAUAUGAUGAGACAGCGGAAUCUUUCGAAUGGCUGUUUGAGGUAUUCGCUGAAGCUCAUGGUGGAAAGAAGCCUAAAACUAUAUUCACGGAUCAAGACAAAGCUAUGGCUAGAGCAUUAAAAGAAGUGUGGCCUCAGACGUGGCAUGGAUUGUGUACUUGGCACUUAAUGCAGAAUGGCAUUACACAUUUGGGUCAUAUGAUGAAAGAUGGUUCCAAGUUUCUUACAGAUUUAAAGAAAUGCAUAUACCAAUACGAUGUGGAAGAUGAAUUCGAGACAGCGUGGUAUAAUUUGCUACACGAGUAUGAUGUUAAGGAUAAUGCAUGGUUGCAACGUAUUUAUGGUCUUAAAAGUCAGUGGGCGAAGUGCUAUAUGAAAAACACAUUCACAAUAGGCAUUCGAAGUACACAGCUCAGUGAGAGUCUGAACAGUGACUUGAAGGACUAUUUGAAGUCAACUUUGGAUGUUGUGCAAUUUUUUAAACAUUUUGAAAGAGUUCUUAACCACAAGCGUGGUAAUGAAUUAAAAGCUGAAUUUGAUGCACGAAACAAGAUGCCACGACUUGCAAAUUCAAUGUCAAUUGUACAGAAACAGGUUGGGGAACUCUACACUCCUGCAAUUUUUCAGUUAUUUCAAGAGGAAUAUAAUUGGAUGACUGUUUGCACCAUCAUAGACCGAAGUAAUGGAAUGCCCUUCAUUAAUUUUCGAGUUGGAAUUUUUGAAGCAAAUUAUAUAAAGCGUAUUCCUGAAUGCUACAUUCUGAAGAGAUGGACACGGGGAGCAAGAACCAUGCAUCAGAAGCUUCAAAUACAAUUGAGGGAUACAAUUUGGUGA